AGAAGAAUAAGAAAAACAAGAUAUGAAAAAAAUCAGAAAAACAAUAGAUAAGAAAAACUAAGAAAACAGAUAAAAAUAAAAACAAUAGAUAAGAAAACCAAUAAGAAAACCAAUAGCUAAGAAACAAAAAGAAAAACAAGAUAAAAGUACAGUGCAUCACAAACCUUGAUAAACAAAGAAAGAGGAAAAUAGAAAAAUAAGGAAAAAUAAAAAAUAAACGGAACUUUGUAAGAAAAAAUGCGGAAAACAAUCAUUAAUGUACCAAAAUAUAAUAAAAUCGUGUAAAAUAGAAGAAAACGAAGAAAAACGCGAGAAAAUACCAAAAAAUCCAGAGAAAACGGAACUUUGUAAGGUUAACUAUAUCAAUUUCGACUUGGGGGUUUAAAGUUUUAAGGGGAAGCUAAGUUAAUCAGCCUUGCAUAAAGUGGAAGUAGACAAUAUGGGGAAGUGGAGGCUGAUGCUGAGGAAGUGGAGGAACAGGGAGGAUGUGACGGCUCUUCUGGGGCUAAUGAGGUAUCUGCCGUACGUGGCGUGCGUGGUGGCCCUCAAAGUGUACGUGGUGAUGUUGCUCCUCCACGUCCGUGACUACAAACCCGAAUACGUGGACUACAGCGACUACGGGGAGGGGAUGAACGCUAAGAGCCUGGAGCUGGAUCCACCAUCAACCACCACCACCACCACCGAGGAGCCAGGGUGGAGGGAGAAGAUGGAUGUCCUCUCCCGCCUCAACCACACCGUCAUCCAACCCUCCGCGCAGAACAGGACUCCCGACACCAUCUGGCUCUUCUUCAACCGAAUUCCCCGCACUGGUGGACAGACCCUGGUGGAGCUGAUCAAGUCCCUGGCACCUGACCUCGAUUACCAGCACCAGGAGCAUGUGUACAGAACCCCAUGGCAGAGGUUAAUGACGGCCGAGGAACAGAAGAAUUUGGCCACCUGGUUUGAGUACAACUUUUGGCCCAAGAGUUAUGAUCGCUUCUCCAUGUUCAUCAACUUUACGCACCACAGAAGCCCCUACGUGACCAUGCGCCCAGCCUACGUGACCUUAGUUCGUGACCCGGUGGAUAAAUUCGUGUCCUACUUCCGCUUCAAGAGAGUGGACCAUGACAGAGUGAAACUAGAGAUGAGUGCGAGGGAGAAACAGAAGACUGGAAGUGGACGCGUAUGGUACUGGAAGAAGCUGGAAUCCUGCAUACUGGAGGGUGACCUGGAGUGUGACCUUCUGGACGGGUCACGGGACUUCACCUCAGCUAUCUCCUUCCUCUGUGGGCAGCAUGAACAGUGCUUGCAGCGGGGGGACAGGUGGGCGCUGCAGAAGGCCAAAUUCAACGCAGAACAUGAGUAUGCAGUGAUUGGACUGACGGAGCACUGGAACACCACCCUGGCCGUGCUGGAACACUACCUGCCCAUGUUCUUCAGGGGGGCGCGACAGCGGUACUGGAGCUCAGACUUCACCUCCCAGCGCCUCACCAACAAGAACCCCAAGAAGUACCAGGCCCUGAGGGAGGAGGUCGUGGCAUUCCUCAAGGAGAGAAUGGCCCUGGAGUACGAGCUUUACGAGUUCCUGAAGCAACGUCUGCACCUCCAGUACCGUAGCCUUGAACCCCUCCUCGCCCUGUCCACCACGUCCCUGCCCACCAAGUCCACCGAACCGCCACAAUGGGGGUUGUUAGAGAAAGUCGGGAAUGACCUAGCGAGGGCAGCGUAGACACCUGAACCCACUCUUAACCCGGUAGCAGCGAUGGGCCAAAUUUGUGGCUUUACCGUGUAGCAGCAACGGGCCAAAUUUGUGCCAUUAAGAAACAUG